AUGGCCAAGAACAGAGUCUGUGUAGACUUUGAGCUAGUACUCACGAAUGAUAUUCUUUUACAUAAAACAAAACUCAAGACAGUUAAUAACCAGGUUAGCAAAUCAUCAGCAAAUGUCUUCAUUAUACAUGGUGAUAAUGAAUUGCUACUUGUUGUGCAAGUGACAGUAAAAGGCAAAAUUUGUAUCAUGAAUUCACAAUGGGAUUUGACAAUGAGUAGGGAUUGUUUCCUGCUAGGAUCAUCGCAGGUACCUCUCAUGUUUUCAUACCAUCACCCAGAUGUUUCCGGAUUCACAGAUUUUGUCAAGGCAGUGAACCCUUCCAAAUACCCUGAAGACACUUUCCUUGCUGAGGUGUGGUUUCUCUCUUUUAAUUGUUCUGAUUCUGAGUCUGACUGUGGAACGUGGAAGAACUGUGCUUAUGAUGCCUCCUUGGAUUGGUUGCCUCGGCACGUUUUAGAUAUGGCUCUGUCCGUGGACAGUUACAAUAUAUACAAGGCUAUGUACACUGUGGCCCAUGCUCUUCAUGAGAUUAUUCUUCAUCAAGCAGAAGUACAAAACAUGGGGAACAAAAAAGAGACAGUGCCUACUCUUGCCCAGCUGCACGCUCUUCUGAAGGACAUCCAAUUUCACAAUCCUGCUGGAGAUCAGGUGAUUUGGGAUGAGACAAGGAAAUUGGAGGCAGCGUAUGACAUUGUGAACAUUUGGAAUUUCCCACAAGGUCUUCAUCUCGAGGUGAAAGUAGGAACGUUUUCUCCAUAUGCUCAUCAACUCUCUCUAUCUGAAGAAAUGAUACAAUGGACCAUAGCAUCUACAGAGCCUCCCCGCUCUGUCUGCAGUAUAAGUUGUGGUCCUGGAUUCAGGAAAGCACCUCAGGAGGGAAAGGCUGUCUGUUGCUUUGAUUGUAUCCCUUGCUCAGAGAACCAGGUGGCCAAUGGGACAGAUAUGGAACAGUGUGUGAAGUGUCCAGAUCACCAGUAUGCCAACCCACAGAGAAACCAGUGCCUCCUAAGAGCUGCAAGCUUCCUGGCUUAUGGGGAGCCCUUAGGGAUGGCCUUGGUCAGCAUGGCUCUUGGUUUAUCGACAAUCACAGCGGUUGUUCUUGGGGUGUUUGUGAAACAUCACAACACCCCCAUUGUCAAAGCGAAUAACCAGGCUCUCAGCUACAUCCUGCUCAUUUCCCUCAGCUUCUGUUCCCUCUGUUCCUUGCUCUUUAUUGGCCGUCCCAAUUCGGUCACCUGCAUUCUACAGCAAACCACAUUUGGAGUUAUAUUCACUGUCGCUGUUUCUGCUGUCUUGGCCAAAACUGUCACUGUAAUUCUGGCCUUCAAUGUCACUUCUCCAGGGAGAAGGAUGAGGUGGCUGCUGGUGUCAGGGGCUCCUAAAUUCAUCAUUCCAAUCUGUACCCUGAUCCAGGUGACUCUCUGUGGAAUCUGGCUGGGUACCUCUCCUCCCUUCAUUGACACAGACACACACUCUGAACAUGGCCACCUCAUCAUCCUGUGUAACAAGGGCUCCCUCACUGCCUUCUACUGUGUCUUGGGAUACCUGGGCUCCCUUGCUCUGGCCAGCUUCACUGUGGCUUUCCUGGCCAGGAACCUGCCUGACACCUUCAAUGAAGCCAAGUUCCUGACCUUCAGCAUGCUGGUGUUCUGCAGUGUGUGGCUCACCUUCCUGCCUGUGUACCACAGUGCCAAGGGCAAGGUCAUGGUGGCUGUGGAGGUCUUCUCCAUCUUGGCCUCCAGCACAGGGCUCCUGGGCUACAUCUUUAUCCCCAAGUGCUACAUCAUUUUGAUAAAGCCAGAGAGGAAUUGUUUGCAUGGCUUCAGGGAGAAAAGACAUUGA